AUGGGGAAACCUAGGUGGACUCCUCCUUCUGGCUUCCUCGACGGUAGCCUCCGGACCAGCUUCUGCAACGACGAGACGUGGUCGUCACGGGCCAGGGACGUGACGAAGCGGGUGGUGGGCAGCACGGUGCCGGUGCUCGACGGUGAGGCGUUGUCGAUGAGGGUGCUCGUGGACCACUCGAUCGUGCAGAGCUUCGCGAUGGGUGGGAGGGUCACGGCGACAUCGCGGGUGUACCCGACAGAGGCCAUCUAUGCCAGGGCUGGGGUGUACCUGUUCAACAACGCUACCGGCGCCAGCGUGACUGCGGAGAGGCUCAUCGUGCACGAGAUGGCCUCGGCGGUAUACGACGAGUCGACCCUCAUGGUUGAGGACUCGUAGCUGCUCACAUGAGCUAUAUAUCAGACCGGUAACGUUGGGUCACUUGCAUUUUCAAGCGUUGAAUAAUUUACUUAGCUUAGCAAGCAACAGGUCCGAGGUUCCAAGUAAGGUGGGAUAUUCUUCCAAAAUUCAAACUACGCGAGUUACCGCCAG